UCUUUUCAGUCUCUCUGGGUGGCGGCAGACAGUCUGUCAGCGUCUAAAACACGACUCCGAAGAAAACAGUAAAAACACGGAACAAUAACACAAACAUGAAUCUCCAUUGCAGCUAAAGGAUCCAGUGGGAAGACAGAGUGGCUGUGUGCAUACUGAAAGGCUGUGCUGAGAGUUACCUAAGGAGUUGUACAAUGCAGUGAACCAAAUGGGGCAUUGCAGUACUUGCAUCAUCUUCCUGUUCCUGCUUCAGUUCUUACAGUCAUCAGCUAAAGAUGUCUCCAUUGACUGCAUGUGUGUCGGCAGUGACUGUAAUGAGCAGCAGUGCACCGGAGACCAGUGUUACACCUCCGUUAUCAUUAGCAACGAUGUGACAACGUUCAAACGUGGCUGCCUUAUCGGGCCAGAGAGCAAGCGCAUGACCUGCUCCGCAACACCCUCGGCUAGUCAUGUCGUAGAAUGCUGCUCUCAACACAUGUGCAAUGCCAAUGUCUCCAAAGAGACCCUUCUUCGACUACUGCUGACAAAAGGAGAAGCGGCUGUGCAUUACCGUGUGGAGAUUCUGGUUCUCUUUGUGUUGGGGCCGUUUGUGGUUCUGGGUUUGCUGUCUGUGCUGGCUUUGCUGGUGUGCCGUAGACUCCAUCACGGGCGUCUGGAAAGACUGCAUGAGUUUGACACUGAGCAGGGGGCCAUUGACGGGCUUAUUGCAUCUAAUGUCGGAGACAGCACACUCGCGGAUCUGAUGGAUCACUCCUGCACAUCAGGAAGUGGUUCAGGACUGCCCUUCCUGGUGCAGAGGACGGUUGCUCGGCAGAUCAGCCUGGUAGAGUGUGUCGGUAAGGGACGGUAUGGGGAAGUGUGGAGAGGUCAGUGGCAAGGAGAGAAUGUAGCAGUGAAGAUCUUCUCUUCCAGAGAUGAGAAGUCAUGGUUUAGAGAGACGGAAAUAUACAACACUGUUCUACUACGUCAUGAAAAUAUAUUAGGAUUUAUGGCUUCUGAUAUGACCUCCCGAAACUCUAGCACUCAGCUGUGGCUCAUCACACACUACCAUGAGAACGGCUCACUCUACGAUUACCUGCAGCGUGUUGCUGUGGAGAUGGCAGAUGGACUGCACAUGGCGGCAACAAUAGCCAGCGGGCUGGUGCACCUGCACACGGAGAUCUUUGGCACUGAGGGCAAACCGGCCAUCGCUCACAGAGACCUGAAGAGCAAGAACAUCCUGGUGAAGAAAGAUCUGCAGUGCUGCAUCGCUGACCUGGGUCUGGCAGUAACACACACACAGUCUGACAAUCAGCUGGAUGUAGGAAAUAAUCCAAAAGUGGGAACUAAGCGCUACAUGGCACCAGAGGUUCUAGAUGAGACCAUUCAGACUGACUGUUUUGAUGCCUAUAAGAGGGUGGACAUCUGGGCCUUUGGGCUGGUGCUGUGGGAGAUCGCUCGCAGAACCAUCAGUAACGGAAUUGUAGAAGAAUACAAGCCGCCUUUCUACGACCUGGUGCCUAAUGACCCCAGCUUUGACGACAUGAGGAAAGUGGUUUGUGUGGAGCAACAAAGGCCGUUUAUUCCCAACCGCUGGUUUUCAGAUCCUACCCUGUCUGCUCUGGUGAAGCUGAUGAAAGAGUGCUGGUACCAGAACCCCUCGGCUAGACUCACUGCCCUGCGCAUCAAAAAGACUUUGGAUAAAAUCCACAGCUCACUGGAGAAGGGCAAAACCGACUGCUGAGGAGAGAGAGCCGCAGAACUGCUUGACCGCUCAUUAUACAGACACUGUGUAACCAGACAUCUGCCAUCUGUCCCAACUCUAACAUGCUGUUUAUUUGUUUAGUUCUUCCUGUCCAUUGGCCUGAAAACUUUUUAUAGAGAAUUACGCUCUCUUUUAUGGAUCAUUUUUCCCACUGAAACCGGUGGGACUCCCAUUUCCACUCCAGAAACAGUGUAAAGGAGAAAAAUACGGACACGGUCUGACAGACCCUCCAUCAUGGAAUUUUUUUUAGCACCAUCACAUUGUCUAUUUAACCAUUGGCGAACUUUUAAGACCUGUCCCUUUCAGAAAAACGAAGAGGACAGAUACACACGCCAAAAUGCAAUCAGUACCCAUUGUAUGUGUAUGUGUGCGCAUGAUUCUUAAUACAACCAGAAGAACUUUAUAGCUGUAAUGUCACAUGCUUUUAGAAAUCAAAUGUUUUUGAGCUUUUCAAAGAUUCUUGUAGAUAAAUAGAUCAAAUGUAAGUCACCGUUUCUGAAUUUGCUAUAGUGGACUUAGUUAUAAAGCUCUUUGGUUACAAAAUGCCACUAUGUACAGUAGAGAACUACAGACUAGUGUCUUUAAUUAGGCCUGUUUAGUGAUCAGAAUACAGUGGUUAAAAAGAUAGUUCACCCAAAAAUGAAAAAACCUGUCAUCACUCAUGUCAUUCCGAAACUUAAUCACUGUGGAGCAUAAAAAAAGAUGUUUUAAAGAAUGUUCACGCUGCUCUUUUUUUCAUACAAUGAGUGCAUUUAGUGUUUAAAAAAAAAACAUAGGAAACAUGGUAAAAUGGGUUAUGGAAUGACAUGAGGAUGAUGACAAAUGACAGAAUUAAUUUUUUGUGUGGGAACUUUCUUGAUCCCAGUCUAGUCCAGCUCAUAGCAGCCCAAGAGGGCUUCCUUUGACACAAGGCCUUUCUGACCUGUUGCCUCUAUGCCUGCCUGACAAAAGCCAUUGUAGCACAUCGUAGUGCUUUUUUGUAGCUGUUUGUCUUUCUCUUUGCCCUCAAUGGCAUGCAUACUUGAUGUUUCUUCACUGACAAUCAGCCGCUGUCCAGUAGGGCCUGAAUUAUUUGCUAAUGCGAUGUACAAAAUCACAUAAGUCGCAUAGGGUACAAAACCCUACUUAUGAGUGUUCAAGGUGACAGAGCUAGUCAUAAACACUCUGGUUUUUUUUAAUUUCAUAUUUGUUUAACCUUACGCUUUUUUGACACUUUUGUAUCACAUACGCCAUAAACCAUGAGAAUGCUGAUUUUUAAAUUUGAAACGUUUUUGACUAUUUAAAAGUGUGACGUCACUCUAAUAUAGGAUUUAUGAGGUUUAAAAAGGAAAACACUAUUGUUAUGUCCCAAGUCGAAAUGGUUUGUGGUAUGUUGCUUUUGGUUUGGGUUGAGUUGUGUGGCAUUUUAUUAAGAAUCUGUUGAUGCUUUCAUGACACUAUAUGAGGCGGCUGCGUGCCGCUCAACACUGGUCACUUUUGCUCUCCCAAAAACGGACGAACGUUUACAUAUUUGUGUUCUACAGGGGAACUAUGAUAGGGAUUAGACAACAGGAAUUGAUGCAUUAUGAACUGUGAAUAUGUUAUAAUGAAGAAACCAUAUGUAUGAUGUUACUGGAAUUUAAAUGCAAGACAUUUAUGAAUAAAAAAAAAAUGCUUUAUUUGUUACAACAGCGGAAUGGUUGUCACGUCCUUGUGCUUAACAAAAGGUUGCUUAUGCUGUGAUCAUGCUUUCUUUUUAGCAGUAAAUUUCAAGAAUCGUGUUGUGGAUUAUCAUGCAUCUGUCUUGCGUUUUCCUGUACAGAGAUGAGUUAAAUGAAGCCUUAUGAAAAGGUUCCCCAUUGUCCGAGUCUGCUGGGAAAUGACCUUAUCUGUGGUGAUGUUUACAGGUCUCCAGCCUCUCUCUGAUAACCAGUGCUUUCAUAGCUGGUAGUACACCAGCUGAAGUUAAUGAGAACGUGAAUGCCAACCGAUCUGCAGACACAAGAUCAGUUGUAGACCGCUUUAAUAACUCUUUAAAAAUUAGCUCUGAAAUAAGCUUAGGUGUAGUUCCACUGCUUUCUUCCAGAUGAAGUUUUCCUAUAGAAAGGAACCACAUUUGUUUUCCAUUUAGCAUGAUGGACAGAUCCUUUAUGAAUUCAUUUGUAUGUGAUGGGGGAGAAAAUCAGUUUUUAUGCCAUUAAAAAGGCUUCAGCCGUUGUUAACCAAACUAUUACUUUAUUGUCUCAAUGGAUUUAACAACGUUUGUUAGUGAGGAACAUUAGGCAAAAUCUGGUGUAUUUACAUGCUGAAAAAUAAAAUAAAUCUCAUGCUGGGCUUUUAUUUGAAGAA